AUGGAUAGCGAAGAUGAGGUUAUUGCCGCCGCUGCGGCUUCAUGUGUUUUAAGCAGUGCCUUAAUUUUGAAAAUGAAAAACAAGUCCCGAAGAAAAAGAAGAUGGUGGGCGUUGUCUUUAAAUAAAAGCCGCGGAAGCUAUAGUGGAACAAAUAUGCUGCAAGACUUAACAAAUGAACCGUCCGGAAAAUUUGAAAACUUUUGUAGAAUGUCUGCGGUCGAUUUCGAGCACAUACUUAACAAAAUAGGGCCCUAUAUAACCAAGAAAGACACAGUGAUGAGAAAAUCUAUUCCACCCAAUGAAAGAUUAGCGGUAACACUAAGAUUUUUGGCCUCAGGGGACAGCUUUGUAAGUUUGUCAUAUUUAUUUAAAAUGUCCAAUCAAGUGAUAUCGGACAUUGUUCAUGAAGUCUGCCAAGCUAUCAUAGAAGUUACGAAAGAAGAAAUACAGAUGCCGCAGACAACUGAAGAAUGGAAAAAAUUAUCGGAAGAGUAUUACACGACGUGGAAUUUCCCGAACUGCUUGGGAGCAAUUGACGGGAAGCAUGUCGUGCUUGUGUCCCCAACGAACAGUGGGUCAGAGUUUAUUAAUUAUAAAGGCACAUUUAGUAUUGUCUUGAUGGCUUUGGUGGACGCCAAUUAUUGUUUCACCUAUGCUGACGUUGGCUGCCAGGGGCGCAUAAGCGAUGGAGGCGUAUUUCGAAACACCACCCUGUUUAAGAAAAUGGAAGCGAAUGAAUUGAAUUUUCCCUUACCUGAACCCAUUUGCGCAAACCAAUCUUCUUUACCGUACGUAAUAGUGGCUGAUGAUGCCUUCAGUUUAAGCGAACACUUAAUGAAACCAUAUCCAGGGAUUCAUGAAAAAGGUAGUAAAGAAAGGCAUUUCAAUUAUCGCUUAUCACGUGCUCGCCGUGUAGUAGAAAACGCUUUCGGUAUACUGGCAUUAGUAUUCCGCGUCUUUAGGAAACCAAUGUUACUUCAACCCGACAAGGCAUCUAACAUUGUUAUGACUUGUAUAUUGCUACACAAUUUUUUACGAAAAAGUAAAACAUCAAAAUCCCAUUACGCGCCUCCUGGCACAUUUGAUAGAGAGAACAAUGGGCAAGUUUUUCCAGGAGCAUGGCGACAAGAAGAUGGUAACAUGUCGUCUUUACUGCCGCUCCGUAAUAUUCCGCGAAGGUCAUCACGCUUGCCUAAAGAAAUUAGAGAUUCUUUUGCGGAAUAUUUUGCCACUACUGGGAAAUUGCCAUGGCAAGACGCCUAUUGUUAA